CCCGCCGGUACCUGCAUUGCAGCUGUCCCGUCAGUGCUGCCGGGCGGCUGGCAUGGCCCAGGGGUGGCACUACGAGCUCUUAGGAGGCAUUCUCCUGUUCCCACCCGUGGAAGGCUGAUAUUGGUAUUAACCUGACAGAUCCUAUGUUCAGAGGAAUCUACAGGGGAACACAGAAACAUCAAGAUGACUUUCUGGAUGUAAUAGAAAGAGCAGUCAAAGUUGGCAUUAAAAAGUUUUUGAUUACAGGUGGGAGUUUAGAAGAUAGUAAAGAUGCAUUGCAGCUGGCUCAGACAAAUGACAUGUUUUUCAGUACAGUUGGCUGUCAUCCUACCCGCUGUGGAGAAUUUGAGCAGAGUAGCCCUGAACAGUAUUUAUCUGAAUUGAAAAAUCUGAUUGAAAAAAAUAGGACAAAGGUAAUAGCAGUUGGAGAAUGUGGUUUAGAUUUCGAUAGAUUAGAAUUUUGCCCAAAGGACAUCCAACUCAAGUAUUUUGAAAAACAAUUUGAGUUGUCAGAACAGAUGCAGCUGCCCAUGUUUCUGCACUGUAGAAACUCACAUGCUGAUUUUUUAGACAUAAUGAGAAGAAACCGAGAUAGAAUUGUAGGAGGGGUGGUACAUUCCUUUGAUGGCACAAAGGAACAAGCAGCAGCUCUAAUAGAUUUGGAUCUUUAUAUUGGCAUAAAUGGCUGUUCACUGAAAACAGAAGCUAACUUGGAAACACUGAAAUCAAUUCCUAGUGAACGAUUAAUGAUAGAGACUGAUGCACCUUGGUGUGGAGUGAAAAAUACUCAUGCUGGAUCAAAAUACAUUAAAACUACAUUUCCGACAAAAAAGAAAUGGGAAAAAGGGAACUGCUUGAAGGACAGAAAUGAACCCUGCCAUAUAAUUCAAAUACUGGAAAUAAUGGCAGCAGUAAGAGAAGAUGACCCCCUUGAGUUGGCCAAUACUCUAUAUAACAACACCAUUAAAGUCUUCUUUCCAAAUAUGUAAAGUUGUUUUUCUUACAUUUAUUCAGCAUAAUUUCAGUAAAUAUAUUGCAAAAACUUAAAAAUCAUCAUACCUGCAAGUUUGAAUCAGUGGAAGCCAAUAUGUAGUGCAUUUGGGGUUUUUUUAUGGUACAAGAUUAAAGCUGCUUUUGAAAAGCUG